CUAUCAUUUGGAAAAGCAAAUAUAAUGAUUGUUAAAGAUCCAGAAUAAUUCAAGAAAUUAGUAUAUAAAUCAUAAGUAGAUGCAAUUAUAAUGGAUUAUAUUUAAUUAAUAUAUUAUAGUAAAUUGACAAAAAAGUUUAUGCAUUUUUGGGAUUAUGGAAAUCAUUUUUAUUAGAAAGUAGAAGAGCUGAUGUUAAUUUUUGAUCAGAAAAUGAUUAUAAAUUAAUUCUUUAUCCUAGUUAUUUUUAGAAUAUUUUGGCAAAUAUUUUCAAAUCUUGGUUUUAGACCUUUUAGAUAGAUUUGUAAUAGUGGUCAAUUGGAAGUUCUGAAAUAUAUAGAUAAGAUAGCUGAAUAAGUAUUAAUUGAUUUAAUUCCUAAAUCUCCAAAGAUUAUAGCAGAUUAAGUAAAUGAUAAUUUGGAAUGGAUUAGAAAAGGCUGUAGAAAAUAAAUUUGUAAUUGGAUCAUAAGUAGAAAUGAUAUAAUAAUUUGAU